AUGCACUUAGUGGACCUGCCACUUAUAGAUCGCAAGUUCACUUGGUUUCGAAGUCGUUCAUGCAGUCGACUUGAUCGAGUGUUGGUGAGUGUGGAAUGGUUAGAAGAGUUCCCUGAGACUCGGCUACGAGGAGGACCGAAAGGCUUGUCGGACCACUGCCCUAUUAUUGUGGAGGAUCGAAGGAUGAAGGGAGGUCCUAGGCCCUUUUGGAGUCUUGACGCGUGGUUCACACAUGACGACUUCCUUCGAAUGGUUAAGGAGGAAUGGAGGGGUUUAGGGGAGUUGCAAUUUACUGAUAAAUUGAAGGCGCUAACGGGUCCGUUGAGAAGUUGGCACAAGAACAACUUUGGCGACAUGAACAAUAAGAUCUUGAAGCUUGAGGAAAAGAUAAAAAAGGUUGAUGAUAUGGCAAGUGCUGGAGUGUACGAUGCUACUAUGGAGGCUAGAAGGAAGGCACUAGUUACUUGCUGUGAGCGAUGGUAUGUGAGAAAAGAAAUCCACUGGAAGCAAAUGUCUCGAUCUCAGCAAGCCAUGGAGAUGGACAGAAACACAAGGUACUUCCACAAUAUAGCAUCUUCAAGAAGGAGGAAUAAUCGGAUUGAUAAUCUGGUAGCCAAUGGCAGACUGAUAAGGAACCAAGCUAGAAUUAAAGUAGCUAUUAGAGAGUUUUAUAAAGAUAUGUAUCAUCAGGAGAGCUCUCCUUUACUGGGGUUCAAAGAUGGGCUGGUUAGAAGGAUAGAUGAGGAGGAAUCAGGGUCCUUGCAGGUGAUGCCAUCAGUUGAGGAAAUCAGACAGGCAGUGUGGGAGUGUGAGUCCUCGAAGGUGCCAGGGUGUGAUGGAUUCAACAUGAACUUUAUUAAGAGAUACUAG